GAUACACAUCGAUUCACUUUUUCCAAGAUUCCGUAUAAGACAGCGAGCUGACCCCGCUCGAUCGUCACAAUUCAGAAGGUUUCCAAUAGUGCUGUCUCACAAAGUCCCGAAAAAGUCAACAACAACCCCCUUAAAAAAUAAAAAUAAAAGGUAGACGAAAGGAGAGGAAAAAGAAAAGAAACACCAAUCAUGGCCAUCUCGAGACUGGUAUCGUGGUUCCCCCACGUCAAGGCGCCCGUCAUCAUCAACGCGCCGAUGCUGGGAUCAGCCGGCGCCGCCAUGGCAACUGAAGUUCACAAAGCUGGUGGUUUCGGGUUCAUCGCCGCGGGCUUCGACUUCUCAGAGUCCUCGGCCCAGAUGACGGACCUAGACAAGGCGCUAACCCAGGCCCGCACCCUCCUCUCGCUCCCGGCCGCCGACGACAGCGGCAGCAGCAGCGGCGCGGGAGGACUCCCGCUAGGCGUAGGCUUCAUCACGUCCCACGAGACAGCCGGCCACUUCACAGCCAACGUCCUCCCCAUCCUCGUCCGCCACAGCGUCGCAGCAGCCUGGCUUUUCGCGCCGCACCCAGAGACCAAGCCGCACGGCGACAUCAUCGCCGCGCUCCGCGGCAAGGGGACCAAAGUGUUCGUGCAAGUCGGCAACGUCGCGGCGGCGCGGGAAGCGGCCGCCGACGGCGCGGACGUCAUCGUCGCGCAGGGGGUUGAUGCCGGCGGACACCAGUUCUCGCGGGGCUGCGGCGUGGUUGCGCUGGUGCCCGAGGUGAAGGCCAUGCUGGCGGCCGAGUUCCCCGAACGGGACGUCGCUGUCGUCGCGGCGGGCGGGAUCGUGGAGGGCAGCGGGGUGGCUGCGGCGCUGGCGCUGGGGGCUGAGGGGGUUGUGUUGGGGACGAGGUUUGUUGCGACGGACGAGGCGAUGAGCGCGCAGUUGCAUAAGGAGGUUAUUGUGAGGACGAAGGAUGGUGGGGUGAGUACGUGGAAGUCGGAGUUUCAUGAUAGGUUGGUGGAUAAUAAGCUGUGGAAGGAUGGGUAUGAUGGGAGGGCGAUUGUGGGGGAUAUUCAUCGGGAGUAUCACGCUCUUGGCGGCCAGACGGCGACGGUGGAGGAGAGCCGGGAGAGGCUGCGGACGGGGUGGAGUGAGGAGGAAGGGAAGAAGAUGAUUGGGAAGUGGGCUGGUGCUGGGCUUGGGCUUAUUGAUGAGAUCAAGCCGGCUGGUGUGGUGGUUACCGAGGUGAGAGAGGCUGCGAGGAAGAGGAUUCAGGACCUGGUCGGGUCGAUUUGAAUGGAACAUGAGGGUUUGCUCUUGUUGGAAGGAUUAAGCUAGGUGUCAUUAUAUCACCAACAUCAUCAAAUCGUAUGCUCCAUAGGGGUUGCAAGAGAAUCCAUCAAUAGGGCAGUUAACACUACGCCGUGAGACGCUUGCGUUCGUCCGAGUUGUAGCAUAAAUCUAGAUGAUCUAGAUAUCGAUUUUGCAUCGAUCAGUGCCAGUAAGGACCUGUCUUCGAUUUAACUUUUGGACUCCC